CGUAUAGCGCAAAAGCGCAAGUUUUCAUGCGCAGUGAAAACCCGUCGAAUUUUCCUGGUCGAUCGUGGUUCCCUUUAGUUUUUCAGCUGAUCGCGCUUUCCACGGCCGUGUCGCAGACUGUCCCGGUGUGUCAUGUGCGAAACUGUCGCAGCGUAGUGAAAUAGUCGAGUGUUUGUGAUUUGUGUAGUUUUCGGGUUAGCUAGUGGCAGUGAAAAUGUUUUCAGGACUUACUAAUCAGGUUAGUUCGUGGAUGGGGGCCGCGAAAGGGGAGCCCCAGGACGAGGAAGUCCCGACCCCCACGAAGGAAGCGACGGGGGAGCCGACGGCGGAAGGCGAAAGACAGAGCCCAACAAAGGGAGCCAGCAAACUCGAGCUCCUCACAAAUGUACAGUCCAAAAUGACUGGAUGGCUUGGAUCCGGAAUCCCAAUCCCCGGUCUCCGGAAAAACGAGGCCGCCACCGACGUCGCCGAGCCGGCUCCGGAGCCCGCAGAGCCCGCGGAGCCCAAGCCGGAGAAGGACGAUGAUGAUAACUCUAGGUAUAAUAGCGCUACCGGAGGCGCAGACAGCAGACCCGGGUCCACAGGCGGCACCCCUACCGAGGAGCAGCCUCAGGGUGUUGGUAAUGAAACCUCCGGCAAAAAGUUGUUGUCGAUUGACGCCAUCGAAGUACCCGAUAUGCAGGAGCUGACGACGAAGGCCGUGGCCGGGGCCAAGUCCCUCGGGAACUUCCUGUACUCGGCCGUCAACAAGGCGGGCGCCAAGGUCAGCGAGGCCAGCGCCAAGAUCAAGAAGACCGUCGAGGAAAACAGCAUCUUGGGCGAGUUCAACAAGGAGCAAGACGCGUUCAUCAAGGGGCAGGCGGGCGCCGGCGCCGCGGCCGUCGCGCCGUGGGUCGGAGCGCCCAACGAGGCCGCGCUCAAGGAGGAAUGCCUCUCGUUGUCCACUGACCGGAGGAACUUCGUGCGCGCGCCGCCCGCCGGCGUGGAGUUCGAGUUCGACUACGACAAGAUGUACCCCGUGGCCACCGCCAUCAUGGCCGAGGACUCCAACCUAGAGAAGAUGCGCUUCGACCUAGUGCCUAAAGUCAUCACGGAGGAGAACUUCUGGCGGAACUACUUCUACCGCCUGUCCCUGAUCUGCCAGGCCAACGAGGCGGACGCGGUGGCCGCCGGCUCUCGUCAGGCCAGCGCCGACGACUCCCAGGCUUAAGCAACGCAUGGACUACGGGGCAUCACUUAUAACACCAUUGCACGGUUCUUAUUCACUAUAGGCUCUAUAUAUGACAAGUAUAUACACAUUAGUGUUACUCUGUACCAGCCAGUCCGUAAGAUUUGCCGGGGAUCAUAUCUCUAUUUAUGUUUAUUUAUAUCAUCGUAUCUUUUAAAGCAUACAUUUAUUUGAGGUUAGGGUUGUCACUGAUGCGGGUUUUUGCAUAAUGAUGGAAUCGAAAAGACAAUGAGCCUGGAAAACAAUUGCCAGGGAACGCGAUGUAAAUUAAAAAAAAUGCUUGCGUUUUUCACGUUGUGUCAAAAUAGCGUCACCUUUGAUCUGGCUCUGGCAAUGAUAAGAUCUAGCCGAGACAAGGUGAAAAUAUAGAUUUAUAAGUGACAACCCUGACUUGGUACUGACUGGGUGUACCCUAAAAGCUAAACGUUGACUCCAAAGUCAUCUAGAUUCGUUUAGACUAUUUAAAAUGUCUAAUUAAUGAUAAAUCAGUUUCAGAUCUGUAUACAGCAUUUUAUGAAGGCUUAAUAUAUAGGCCGGUACGGUAGUAUGUUUGAGAUAGGAAUUGGUGUACCAUCGUUAAACAUUAACUGACAAUUCAUAAAUCUUAUGCUAAGGUAAUUCCAUCUGAAGACAAGAAUGUUGGACAGAGAAAAUGUACUGGAGUCUUGUAGCAAUGCUUUUAGUUAAACCUAGUCAGUGGUACGGGCCUAAGAAGAGCUAGGAAUGAAUAGAACCGGCAAUCCAGUCGAGGCUUCGAGGCCAAGUGUACAGCGAUGUUAGGCUCUUCUCGUGUAAGUUCGGUUAGGUCGAAUAAUGCCAUUAGUACAGUCAACAUUUCGGGGCCAUAUCGUACUUUAUUAUAAAACAAGGAGGCUAUAUAAAGAGGAAGAAUUUCGUACAUUAAAAUACUAAAUUCUUCGUGCUUAUGGUAGCCUUACUUUAGUUACGGUCAUAUCUAUGAGAGCGCUCAUAAGAGUCAUAAGUUUCGUGUUGUAUGUCAUUGUGACAAGUACAGAGUGGCCGAGUAUUUUAAUUGGUUUUAGAGAUGUAAUAUGUGUUAUUAUUGUUUUAUUAUCAUCAAACCGCGGUCAAUUUAAUUUUUAAAUACCACUCUGACAACAAUAAAGAUUUUCUAUUCGUAAAUUGUAAAGUUAUUAUUACAAACACAAUAAGGGCGGCGUGUAUGUAUUAAUGACUUUAUUUUUAGGAUGAAACGUUGAAAUCAUUAACUCGGGGGAAAUAUAUUUACUGGAGUUAUUAAAAUAACUGAAAUUUUAUAUGUUAAUAAAUUAAGAUAGGGUUUACGCACAGUUACUUUUGAUAUAAUUUCGGACUCUUCAAUUUAUAUUAGUCUGAUAUAUCGUGUAUAUUGUAUCGUUAUUAUGAUAACCAUACUGUGGAAAUGUUUAAAUGCACUUUAGUGUAGAUAUUUUGAGCCACACGUAAAAAAAACCAUAUAACUGCGAAAACAGCAAGAUGGCAUUAUUCAAUCGAACCACUAUCACUGUUUCACUGUUAAUCCUAUCACACUAUGAUUUAUGCAUAUAUAAAGAAAAUAUUGCUCUUCGAUUGUUUAUAUAAUAUAAUAUAUCAGCUCCAUAUCUCACCGUUGUUAUUUAUCAUCAUAUAUAAUGAAUGUUAUGACAAUAUCGCUUGUCCCGCUGGACGUAACUGUAUAUAUUGUCGUGUCUUUAUAUAUCACCUGUUGUAUCACAUUAAAUAUAUAACUAGGUCUGUAUUUCAAUAGCUAUAUAAAAAAAACUUACAUAAAAUUUUAAAAAAAGCUAUUGAGGUAUUCGAACUGUAUACUUGUCUAUCAAAUUUUCAAUGGAACAUAUUUUAAUGUCUACUGAAUGUUAUAUAUAUGUCUAAGUAUUAUUAAUUCUUGUACUAAGAUUCUAUAGCUCCGUCACAGUUUAGUACCGCUCAGUAGCCUCCUAAGUCCCGAUGUCCUUUUGAAAGGACGAAGUCAAAUCAAAUUUUGAACUGUACUGGAAUUGUAGAAGGUUCCAAAUUUAAAACUCCAAAAAUGACUCCGGGUCUAAGGAGGGUAGUUCGACUAAGUUUAUGGUUUUGACAUUGCUACCCGAUUUUAAACUUUAUCUACAUCGCUUCAAAGUCUGUUUUGCAUUGACGUGUGCUUUUUUGUUUCGCUUGCAUUUCUCAAAGUUGGUCUGAUUUCAACGUGUAGCAAUGUUGAAACUUUAUUUUUUGUAAAUAUGAAGUGUUGUCAGUUUUUCGAAUGGAUCGCAUUCCAGCCCAGACAUUAAGAAGGGUCACUUUCGCACGCUUGUCUCUCUCUAACACUUCAGAAUACUCGUAUUGUGGCCCUAACAAUCCAACAGUCUCCUUCCAUCUCUUUCACUCGAUUAUAACAAGAGCGAUAGAGAUAUAGAUAGACGGUCGAAUUGUGGAAAUAGGAUGAGUGAAAUAAUUCUAAAGUUCUAUGAGAUGGAGAUGCGCGCGAAAGUUACCCGUCGUAUAGCCGCGACAUAUCACUUAUGUGACAGUCAAUUAAAAAAAAAACUGCCUCUACAAUUUCAAGGAUACAAAACUGAGCUGGCAACACACUCUUCCGUGUUUGUUUUGUAAUAAAAUAUUUACAAUUAGACUAGGUCGUUACAUUGUAUCUGAGAUAUCCAGUGUAAUUAAAUUUGUGUAGAAUAGUUGAUAUUGAAGUAAUAAAAUCAUCUAUUUAUAAUAGUUAUAAGGACGGGGGCAGUUGGGGCACUACUUUUUCCCUUUUCUUUAAUUGUAGUAAAUUCACCAAAAUAAAUUGAUCAAAUAACUUUAAACACAUAACUUAACUUAAUAUUACUAUAAUUUUCUAAUAUAAAAACUGAUAUAGUGAGAGCAUAAGUUAAAUGCGUGAAAUUGAACGGAUUUUUAAAAACAUCACUAUAGACAUAUAGACACCCUGAAUUUCUAAAUUUUAAUAGCGACAUCAUGACGUUAGGAUUGCCUCAUCUACCCUAUGCUACAGGGUUGUCGAAUCAAUGUAAGAAUUGUAUAAGGUAGACACCUUAUUAAUAAUAAGACCAUUACGUUUAUGUAAUUAUUGAUUGAAUGAACAUUUAUUUGUCAUAGAUCAUUAUCGAUAUUAGUGUGGCCCCCAGCGCCCCCUGGUGUCCGCAAAGAGAAGUUACGAGCACUGGCCUACGUUCCCUCGCAGCAGUUACCCGAGCCUAAACGCGAUUACAGCGAGUUGACAGGUGGAAGGCCGAGCGAAGCGGGGCCGGGGCUUAGAGUAAGGGUUUCCCUAAAUAUAAGUGUAAGGGUUACAGCUGUAUGUCAGUUACUUCAUUGAAAGAUUUCGACUUCGAAAUUAGAAUAAAAAUGUGUUAAACGUACUUUAAAAACGAAUCACUUACAAGUACAUACAAACAGUUGUCAAUUUGGUUUAACAGUAUGAAAGAAUUAUUUAUUAUGGUGCGUGUUUUGGAUGAAAAUGGCUGAAAUUUGGAUGAAAUUCGUUUAGUUGAUUAAAUCUAUUUCACCUGCAUUUGAUGAACUUGUAAUAAAACGAAUUCGAACGAUUGUUGUAACAAUUUAUGUUACAGCGUGACAACCCUAUGCUACAGGCUUAAGAACGUGUAUGCAAUUAAAAAUGAUGACGUCACUAAGUGAGCGAGCUAUGGCAACUUUUCAACCGCUCGCCCCUCCACAUGUCAAACUCGUCAAAAAUUAUAAAGUGUCUUUAUAUGUAACUAAAUAAUCUGGCUGUUGUGUGUUUUGGAUCUUCGCCGUUGUCAUUAUAUUAAAAAAUAAUAAUUUUAUAGCGUUCGGUUAUCCGCUCUUCCAUGACAAUCACGCAGGGGGGAAAUUGUUGUAACUACAAAAAAAUAUACGUUCAUAAAAUUCCAAUUUUUAUUUAAUAAGUGCAGGCUGGAGUGGGACUGGGCAGGUCACGUCUGUCGCAUGCAUCCGGAUAGGUGGGCUAAGGACUAAAGUGGAUGUCGCAACAUAAGUAAGCGCGGACGUGGCAGGCCCAGACGGAGAUGGCGGGACGACUUAGACCUUCACCCUACACCUUCUUUAAUAAUUACCCGGAAAAAGCUCAACAACGGGAGUCGUAGAAAUCAAGGGGAGAGGCCUUUGCCCAGCAUUGGGACACUAUAACAGGCUAUUAAAAUAAUAGAAUGAAGUGCAGUUUAGUCAACAGUUGUUUAAUCAGCUACUGAUGAACUGCAAAAUCUGUUUGCUGAUUUCAAAAUGUCGGAUGUGUUCAAUGUUAAUAAAUGGUAAUGUUAGCAUUUCCAUUGCUUGGUGGCGCUACUGAAAAGCCUGGAUAGAAGUUUACACUGGAACUCCUUGAUUUUUUUUUAAAUAUGAACAAAGAAGAAUGAACUCUAUUAACCCAAAAAAUGGUUUGAAUUCCAGUGGCUUAAACUGAGUAUGGUGGGCAGGAUACGAGGAUAAUAAAAAGCUGAAUAGUUUUCCUGUACUUCGUCAAUGUCAAACGAAGAUUGAUGAAGUGAAGUGACGGGGAAUCAAAUAAAAGUAACGUUUACGGAUAUUUGCCUUCAUAUAAUUUCCCAAAGGUUUAGUACUGAAGUGAAGUGUUAUCUGAAGUAAGUAAGAGUACAGCAAUUUCCCCCUCCCAUGCAGUAGUACGUUAUUUAGUUUCUAAACGACUUGGAAGUGUAAUUUAGACACUAGAGUAAUUGACUAUCAGUACAUGAACCAUGUUUAGAACAACGUAAAAGUUAUGAAAUUGGCAUUGUAGUUAGUUAUUAUGAAUUGAAAUAAUUAUAUUAUUCUAAAAUA